GGUCCGUGGUUUAGAUCCCAAUUUGGGGGGGUCUUUAUGGAGUUUGCAUGUUCUCCCUGUGCAUGUGUGUGUGUUUUUUUUCCAGGUACUCCGACUUCCUCCCCUUGUCCAAAAUGAUGCAUUUUAGGUUAAGUGGCCUCUCUAAAUUGCCCUAAAGUUUGUGCAUGCAUGGUUGUUUGUUUUGUGUAUCCCUGUGAUGGACUGGAAACCUGUCUGUGGUAUACUCCGCCUCUCGCCUAAUGACUGCUGGAAAUAGGCACCAAUCCCCAUCUGAAGCCCUGAAAGGAUAAGCGUUGUAUAGACAAUGGACGGGUGGAUGAAUACUUUAAGAGAAUGUUGCCUUUAUGUGUGUUUUAAUGGAAUUUUGUCUCUGAUACAGAAAAGAGGAUAAAGGCCAAUUGAAAUGGGGGAAUGGGACCUACUGGGCCGGCUGCUGGAAAAAGUGCAGAGCCAUUCCACAGUGAUUGGGAAAGUCUGGCUCACCGUUCUGUUUGUUUUCCGGAUCAUGGUUCUGCGUACCGCCGCUGAAAAGGUUUGGGGGGAUGAACAGUCUGACUUCAUAUGUAACACACAGCAGCCAGGCUGUGAGAACGUCUGCUAUGACCUCGCCUUCCCCAUCUCACACGUCCGCUUCUGGGUUCUUCAGGUCAUCGCCUUGGCAACUCCAAAGCUGCUGUACCUCGGCCAUGUCCUUCAUGUGAUUCACGUUGAGAAGAAGAUCAAGGAAAGGAUGCAGAACCAUGCAGAGCUGGACAACAAAGCAUGUCUUUUCCUCAGGAGGACCUUCAAAGUUCCAAAGUACACAAAGAGCAGUGGGAAGAUCAGCAUCCGUGGUCGCCUGCUUCGCAGUUAUGUCCUGCAUCUCAUAGCCAAAAUUGUUCUGGAAGUUUUGUUCAUUGUGGGUCAGUACUUUCUAUAUGGUUUCACCCUUGAAACCCGGUAUGUGUGCUCCCGCUUUCCCUGCCCUCACAAGGUGGACUGCUUCCUGUCCAGACCAACAGAGAAAUCCAUCAUCAUCUGGUUCAUGCUGGUGGCGGCUAUUAUCUCACUCGCCCUCAGCAUUGCGGAGCUGCUCUACCUGUUCGUGAAGGCGGUGAAGGAAUGCGUGGCCAGAAGGCAGGACUACACCGUGACCCCAGUGACGCCCCCGAGGUCAGAGAAGAAAGCUUUUCGGAAGCAGGGUGAGGUGAUCCAGAAUUAUAUCAACCUGGAUUUGGAGCUGCAGGGUAGAAAGUUAGGAAUGAAUGGGACAGCAGGAGGGGUGGGUGAUGGAUCUGUAGAUCUCACUACUGAGAACAGUAUUGGGGAGAUCCAAAUCUGAAACAUGAACCCGGUCAGAUAGAAUGGGUGUGUACUUCUGCUAGUCCAAGUAUUUGUUUGCAUUGGCAGAGAGGGGAGUCUUGGUGAAGCAAAUAAAGGCGGAGGGGGAUCACCAGCUUCUGUACACAGAAAAAAGUCACACACAAAAUUACUUAAAAUGAGUAAAAGCGACCUUAUUUGUAACUGAAAGCUUCUUAUUUUUUAUUUAAAAUGUUUAAUUUUUUAUGGAUAUUAAUAAUUUAUAUAUUACAAGACUUACAAUGCAUUGGUCCUCUUUUCAAUAUUUUAGAUAUGGCACCUAUUUUGUUCUGAGUAGAUUUACAAUUUUGAAUAUUAGUUGAAAAAAAUGUAGCUUGUCUUCUAAAAGAUAAACUUUUAUUGAGGAUGCCCUACAUUUAUUCAGUCGUCCACUGGAAACCUUGUUUUCUGAUUAGUUGAUGUGUUCAGGUUUGUUGGGUUUCCUUUAAUUCUAAGAAUCUGUUUUCUGGUUUUGGUGAAAAAAUGUAUUUUAUCUGUUUGUGUCUUGUUUCUGUUGUGUUUUCCUACUCACCCUCUCCUUCCUGUUUCAUGCAGUUCUUCUCUUUAUGCUCAUUCAGCUUUAUUUGCUCAGUCAGCUGUCAGUUUGGGCACCCAUCCUUUGUUGGAUUUGAAAUCUUUUUAGUGUAGGAUUAUUUUGCACAAAUGGUUGUUAAAUAAAGACUUUUACUUCUCUCA